AUGUCGGGCCGGUCGGUGCGGGCCGAGACCCGCAGCCGGGCCAAGGAUGAUAUCAAGCGGGUGAUGGCGGCCAUCGAGAAAGUACGCAAAUGGGAGAAGAAGUGGGUGACAGUUGGUGACACGUCCCUCAGGAUUUACAAAUGGGUACCAGUAACAGAGCCCAAGGUAGAUGAUAAAGCCAAGAACAAGAAAAAGGGCAAAGAUGAAAAGUGUGGUUCCGAGGUUACGACUCCAGAGAACAGCUCUUCUCCUGGCAUGAUGGAUAUGCACGAUGAUAAUAGCAACCAGAGUUCAAUAGCCGAUGCUUCACCAAUAAAGCAGGAGAACAGCAGCAACUCAAGUCCUGCACCAGAGCAGAACUCAACAGGGCAAGCAGAUGGCUCUGGAACAAAAUCUGAUGAUCCUCAAGGGGAUGCAAAAGAGGAACCUGGCUCAGAAGAUGCUUCUGAUGAACAGAAUUCACAAUCGUCAAUGGAUAAUUCCAUGAAUAGUUCAGAGAAAGUGGAAACUGAGCCUUCAGCAGAAAAUGAUAUAACCACAGAGACAUCUAAAAACUCUCAGUUGGUGGAUUUGUUUCUGUCCUCUUGACUGGGACUCAAAGGACUGGGAGAAAGUACCAAGCAACAAAAAAGAGCUGAAAAUAUAGUUCUUUGAAUGGUAAGAGUUUGAAUUUAAUCUAAAUUCAGAAAAGUGAACCAUAUUUAACUGCACUAGUUUAUUUUCAUAAUCCUUUUGUAAGUCAUAAUUUAAUUCCUACUAAAUGAUGCUUUCUUGCAACCCCCCCCCCCGCACACGUGCGCACACGCGCGCACACACACACACCAUAGCUUAGCAUUUUUUGGCAAGCUAGCUACUAAAUUAUUUUUCUUUCCCUCCCCUCAGCAAAAUGAUGAGACCAACAUCUAGCAUAUGGAGGCUGUUCCACACUGCAAGUUCUGCUGAGAAAAACGUAUGAUUGCAAAAGUGUGAAAUGAAAUGAGCGAUUCCAAGUAUUGCUGGGCGGACAAAGAAUACCCUUAUGUCAUGUAAGAAGUGCCUGGCAGACAUCAAAAAUGCCUCAUGGAUCUAAGCAAGGAGGACCGUGCUGAUUAAAGUGCAAGUACCUUUCCCCGAUGUUCCAGAGGUCCUCUUUUUGCCUCUUCUGUGACACCAGCGCCAUCACAAAGAGGUUCCCCAGGAGAAACAGCAUCUUCAUCUUCAAGCAACCAAACACUGCAAACAGUGUAUUCAAACAUGCUGACUAGCUUCAUUUGCUGUGAGCCGCCCUGAGGCUUCGGCGAAUGGGGUGGCAUAGAAGCCUUCUAAAUAAAUAGACAGACAGACAGACAGACAGACAGACAAGAUGGCACAGGAAGAUCAAGAAAAAAUUGAUCAACUGCAUGUAAGAAAAAUGUACUCUUCUGAAACCCCAUUUUUAGAACCUGAAAAUGGAAUAUGGGGUGGCAUACAAAUGUAAAAAUAAACCAGUCAUUAGUGCACGUCAUGAGCUAAACUUGUUUCUUUAAUUACGUAAUGAAAAUGAACACCCCCCAUGAGAUGAGAUUUACAGGUGAACUAAAGUUUAAAAAGAUAAAAUUGUACUCAUACUGUAACUGCAGUCUUCAAAAAGAAGUGAAAAGGAAGAAAAAAUAGUGCACUGAAACACUAGGAAAACAUGAUGGGGUAGUGAGUGCCUCUGAAAAUUUACUAAAAUCAAAGAUUGUUUAAGAAACACUAAUAGCUGAGGGUGUUGGAGAACCUGGAAGUGUAAGGAACACUGGGCUUCAUGAGGAUAAUUUUUGGGUUCAGAAGCAGAACUCCCUAAGGAUUUUAAAGUCAGGUUCUUCAGUUGUACCUGCAUCAGCCAGUGCACUUUUGUCAGAAGUGCCUUACCAAAAGCCAAAACAAAAAUGGUUUCUAAGAAGUUAAAUGGAGUUUCACUUAUAAGUAUAGAAGAUUUCAUUAAGGAACAGGAAGGAUUUUGCUGCCAUCUGGUUCAUGCUGCUGCAAAUCCAUCAGAUCCAAGAUUGUGAAGUGAUGGUAGUACUUCUGCUGCACUAGCUGGAUUACGAAACAAGCGGCACAUUUAGGGCUCGACAUCAGAAAGGUAUUUCCAAAUGUCACAGGACACAGAAUGUCUUCAGCAAUUUGGUCCAGGAAGGCCGUCUGGGAUUCUGACGAACAUAACCCUCUUGACCAUGGUGGCAAGGCCUUUGCAUCACGUCACCUCUGGCUUCUCUUGCUUCCCGCCUGCUUCAGGUUCCUCCGUCUUGUGCAGCAUGUGAAAAACAAUGGCCAGCAUUUGGAAAGAGUCGCACCAAAUCAAGCAGUAAACGGAUGUGUGAAAGCGUAGCCAAGCCUGUUCCAGUUCAGGCAAACCGGGAAGUCCAUGGUAACUCAGAUGAAGACCAAGAUGAAGAAGCUGAAACAGCUCAGAAAAGGAGACUGAUUAAACAUUAUGCAUAUCAGUUGAGUCUUCAUUCAACACCGCUCUCCCUUUUUCCCCCCUUAGUCCUUUAUAUGGGAAUGACUGUAAUGAGGAGAGGACUGGAUGAAAUAUAAUUUUCUUCGUUUUACUAAAAUGUUUUUUUCUUUUGUUUUUAUUGGUUUUAGUCUGUUCCUCAAAGUGGCAAACCAAAAUGUUUCCUUAUAGUUCAGGUGUUCAGUUUACAGAGAAACAAACAAACAAACAAAAACCAAAAUAAAAAUUUAAACAAAUUCCGUUUGUAAUCGUUGUUGUUGUUCAGCUGUUCAGUCGUGUCCAACUAUAAUUGUGUGCCAAACUAUCUUGCACAUAAUACAUUUUAUAUUUCUAAAGUAAUGAUAGUACACUCUUAUGGUCUCUCACAAAGUCUGGGAGACAAUGACAUUGCCCCUCUUGCUAGCAGGCCUUGAGGGGAAAGGGCUUGUACUGGGGAAUGGGAGAGGUGAGGGCGCUGGGGCUGUGGACUUGUGCUGAUUCCACUUAGUGCCCCGUUUCCUUCCCAAAGCGUCGCUCCCUAAAUCUAGGUGACCAAAAACGUCCAUCUGGAUAAAAUAUAGGGCCUGUUGUGGUGGAGAUCGGCACUGCCACACAUCCUGCCUUAUACUGGAUGUUUAUAAGCUUCGGAAUUUUAAGAGCAUCUGCUGCAAGGAUGUUAGGACUUGCAUCCAACGGGACAUUCAGUUUGUAAAACUUGCUAAUACUGUGUUUUCAAAUCUUCCAAAAAUGUCUGCACUUAAGAAACCCCAUGGUUCUUUUCCAUGGCUUCAACUUUUUUGGAAAUUUUAUUCCUCUGCUUAAAUGUGUGUGAUCUUGUGUGCUGCUUUGUGGAGACCAGCAGGGAGAUGGACACCUGGGAAGGCAAAUAGCAGAGUAACUAUUGAGUGGCACAAUUGUUUGGCUGUGACACUUCUCAUGUUGGGAUACCUUGUACCCCUGAAUUACAAGAACAGUCUCUUGGAUUUAAUUAAAUCUGAUGCUAAUUCUUUUUUCUCUUUCCUCCAAUAUUAAGGACUCUGAUGGCGUACCACCAUCUAAAAAGAUGAAAGUAGAACCUCCCUCUCAACAAAAUAUAGACGAAAUAUAAACUCUAGAUUCUUCCUGGCCAGUUUUUAUGUAAGGUACAUCAGUGGACUAAAUUGUAGAACAACCGUACUUCAGUAUCUUCUCUUGGAUGAGGACAGAACUCCUAUAAACUUUUCAAGUUACCACACAAAAAUCCAAGAAAACCAAGCAAAAGCUUAAUCUCUUCAGACACUGAAAACUUUUUUCCUGUGAAGCAAAACAUUGAGAAUCUAAGUUACUGUCUCUGAAAUGGUUGGAGUAAACAACUCAGGAGGGGUCUACGCACUGUUUCUAAUGUCAAAAUUACAAUUAUGUUGCUGCUGUAUUUUUUCCAUGCUCUAUUUAACAUUUUAAGAUAUUUAAGGAUGGUACAGGUCAGGUAUUCUCUUCUCAUGUGAAGUUCAUUGUUCUGAUGUGAUGUCUGCUUUUUGUUUUUGUUUACUUGUGCCUUGGUGUUUCAAAACAAAAACAAACCAGUGCUUACUUUUUAAAUCUGUUUUUGCAGCUGUCUCCUUUGCAAAGUGGCCUAUGUUUAUACAGUGCCACUUUUAGGAAGCGUUUAGUCUCCUUGGUUUUUCUUUUUCUUUCCUAUUUUAUACCCUGGUGCUUUACAGUUGUAGGAUAGGAAUAACGUGAGAGAAAUCAGAAAGCCAUUUUCACUGUUGGAAUCCAGAGUCCAGAGAAAACCACGUUUGAUUUUCUUGCUGUUACAGGGAUUAUUUUUUAGUGCCCUGUACUAAGCGGCCAAUUAACUGCUCCUGUGCAGUCCCCGUGGAAAUGUAUGCACGAAAACAUGGUUUGCUUUGGCAAUUUUCCUGAUGAAAUGCAUCCUUUUGGCUGUAUAGUUUUUCCAAACUGAUCUACCUGAAGCAAACAUGCUGUGCGGUUUGCUUAUAGUAGUGCCGAUUUGGAUAAGUAUUAAAGCAAAUUAUUCAUUUUAAGUUACUAGAUCUCAAUCUCCGCAUCCAAGUUUUUUUGUAAAGGGAGUCCAUUAGAAUGGGCAUAUGCAUGAUGACAGAUGUAGUUUUGAAUAGAUGUAUUCUUAAAUCAUUUUUUAAAACUGGAUUUCAUUGUACUGUUCUUAACUAAUGUUUACUGAUACAUAUUCCAGGCUAUACUGUACCUGAGGCUUAUUUUUGUUUCAAGAGAAGCUUGUAAAUAGCUUUGUUCCUUCCAUAACCUCUCCUUCAGCCAUCCAUGUUUAUGAAAAGUUCAGUUUAAUUCCUGCAUGCACGACUUAACAGUAGAGGCUGCAUGCAUGUGUCAUCUGUCUAGUGUCAGUGGAAAAUGCACAGCCAAUGGCGACUAUUGGGUGUUUUAAUGCCAAGCAUUGUGGGCACAGUCCAGCGAAAAAGUUGGUCACGACUAAUUCCCGCUCCAUUGUUUUCAGCGGGGCUUAGUUGUGACUAGGACUUGCUGGACUGUGCUCAGUAUUUUGCACAUAUAAGAAAGUCUUGAGCUCGUACGGUUCCUUUUCACGGGUGGGGAAAAUAUUUGUCUGAAUGAGAGAAAAAUUAAGAGGUGGCAAAACAAAGAGUUGAGUCUUGUAACUAUGAAACUACAACCUGCAGCCAAAAUAUGGUUGUGUCUAGUUUGUAACGGAAGUCAUGAGUGAGUCCUUAAACUAAUCGAAUAACUUCUAGUCCAAACACUAUGCAUAACUGAUGCUGACUAAGCUUUAUUUCUGCUUCAAUGGUGAAAAUGGCUUUGUGUUUUGACUACUGUAUUGCAUUUGCAAUUAUGAAAGGAGUUGGAAGGGGUGCCAAUUCCAGCCUUCCAUCAAAUGUUUAUGGAGGUGUUAAACUGAAAAGAAAGGGGCCAUAAAAACAAGUUUGAAAAUAUUCUCUCUUUUUUUACGUGGAAAUAAACCUUUUGCAUCUCAUUAAAAUCAAAUUUGGUUGCAAAUUAUUCAUGAAACCAGUGUGCUCCCUAGAAAGUGUCUCUUUUGUGUUCAGGUUCAUCAGUUUUCUGAAAGAGGCAGUAUAUUUGCACAAUAUACAUUAUUAAAUGAAAAACUGACUUCUCUCAUUGUUUUUCUGCUUCAGGAAAGUGGGAAAGACAAUUGCAAUUGGUGUGGACAUUACAUCUAUAUUUAACUAGGGUUGGUGGGUGUGGUGGUUUUGAAAACACGUUGGCUGAUCUAUGAAAUAGACAAAUAUAUUUUUUGAAAUAAAAAAUUGUAAUUAUGUACCUUUUAAUUGAUCAGCACUAAAAUGGUCCCCAUCUCCGAAACCAACAUCGCUAUGUUAUGUCCAAUAGUUCCUCUCUGUAGAAGUUUCAAUCCCUGUGGUUGUGUGUUUUGUUUUUGUUUUUUUUACAGAAUUUCCAAGAAAGUAGAUGGACUUUUAAUUUUGAAGCUGAAUCCUGUACUUAAAUGAAUAAAAAAUAUAAAUAGCACUAAAAUACCUCAAAUUUUUCAUUAGGUAGAAAAACAUCUAUUGGCAUUACUGACACUGAUAAGCUUAGUGUUGAAACUGGCUUCUUAAUUCCUCCUGUGGCUUCUUUCCAUAAAUGUGACGGCAGUGCAGCAAAGCCUGCCGUUGCUGCAUGACCAGCUUUGUCUUCGAUGGGGCCUGCUUGUGCGUCACGUGCAGACUGAGCCCUGCACACGAAAGAUGCGUGACAGUAGACUUUGAUAAACUGUGCCAUUGUUUUGCUUUUCCUUGUCUCAAAAACCUCAGCAUCACCAUAGUGCUUAGUGGCUUUGCUUUGUAAGUAUCAACACUCGAUUUGCAGCUCAUGCAAAGUUAUCGAUAUUGGUUCCUCUGCUAUAAGUAAUUAUUUGGGGGGGGGGGCAAGCAGACCAAUUUGGAUUUUUAAAAAACCUGCUAGUGUCAUCUUGUAUCCUUUUAACAGGACGGGAAAGGAUUUAGACACUGCUUGGUAUGCAGAAAUUCACAAUUCUGUACGGACUGUUCCUCGUCUUUCUUUGAAGUGCCUGAUAACAUUGAAAGACCAUUGGAUGUGCAGUGAAAUACUCUUCUAAAGUCUGAAAAUUAUGGUUAAGACCCAGCCAGUAAGCAAGGGAUCUACAUUACUUGAGGCUUGGUACCAGAUCCAGGAUUUGGUUUUUGUGGAAUUGCUUGAAAAAUAAUAUACUGAAAGCACUGAGUGGCGGAGAGGAGAGAGUUCUUUGAAGUGCAUGACCGUGACUGCAUGUUCUCAUGCAGAUAAUGGAUGCUGUCCACCGGAUGCUAUAGUUGUAGAAUCUCUGCUAAUCUCCUUGGAGGUCAUGCAACAAUAGCAGUAUUUCGUGGAUCAUACCCAGUUUGAGGUUUUUUUUUUUUGUUUUGUUUUGUUUUUAGAAAUGGUGCAAAUAUCAAGAAGGGCUUCCUUAUUUACAUGCUGGGCAUUUGGAGCUUGGGUUACUACAAACUACAACCUAGACAUAUACUAGAAAGGUAACUGCUCUUUAUGGGUCAAGGGAGAAUAAUGGGGUAGGGAGUAGAGGCCUUCCAAAUGGGCAAUCUACUCAGCCAAACCUUUUAUAGAAGAACUGUUCAUUUUGAAGUUCUUAUGCUAGAGGGAACGUAGUUGUUCAAACAUUCCAAAAAGUGCUGGCACUUAACAAAACAGCAGCAACCAAUCAGUGAGGCAGCAUAAAAAUUACUGGCUUUUGGGGUAGCUUUCUUCAUAUGAAAACAUUGCUAUGUUUUGGAAUGUUCUUUAUAUCUAAAGGCUUGCUAGAAGGUGUAAAGAAUUUUGUGGGUUUUUUUAAAAAAAAUACUUAAUCGUUUUUCCAUCUUAAUGAUUUUGUGUGUUGUACAGCAGUUUAAUUUUUUCACUUAUUUAUUCCAUCAGUAGCUAUGGUUUGUACAAUGUACAAUGGUUUCAUUUUGAAAAAAAAUAAAUUUUAAAAUCACAACACAAAAA